GCCAGUGCCAGGCUGAGUCAGGGAGACUUUUCUACUAACUUCGCGGAUCUCUGAUCUUCCACCCUACUACUGUUAGUACGGACGACUCUGUACCCGCACGUUGCAUGUGCCCAUCUCUUCCGCGGAACCUCCCAGCUCCUAAACAACACCGAAGUACCGAUAGAGAGCGGGAGGCUCCACUCAUCCACAUUGCUCUGCUAUUGGCCGCCUGGCGGAGAAUAUUGUGAUCUCAGACACAUUGUCUACUAUGUGUAAAUGCAAAGGCAACACUCUCACAACUGCGCAACGUUCCCCUUGCUAAAGUCCUUAGGCCAAUAUGAGCGAUUCCUCGGACGAUGACCAACUCUUCAAUCUCCGCGACUACGACGAUGACGAUACCGACGAUGAAAGGCCCAACAAGCGAAGAAAAACGAUGAAAACGUUGCGCAGUCGCGGUCUGGGUUUUGUCAAAGCCAGCGAGCAAGAUCAAGAUGGCAAUGAAGAAGAUGAUGACGAGGAUGUCGACGACGAGAGACCUUCGAUGGGUUUGGGGUCAGGGCAAGGAUUUGGGAUGGGUGGAUCGCGCAGCUCAUUCAACAUCGGCCAAUACAAUGAGGAAACGCGGCCUGCAAGUCCUGAUCCAGCACCAGACAUGUCACCGCUCAGACAAGAAAAGACUGGCGGUACUGGGCCUUCGGCUUUCGGGAGAGGGGGCAAGAUCCAGAAGAACUCAUUUGCAGCACGGAUGAUGGCGAAGCAAGGCUACGUUGAGGGCCAGGGACUCGGAAAGUCAGGUCAGGGUAUAACCGCGCCAAUUCAAGCCAAAGUCUUGCAAAACCGCGCUGGUCUGGGUCAAGGGAGUGGUACACCUGAGCCUCCGCGCAAGAAGACGGAUUCAGGACGCGACAAGACCUCGUCAAAGGGGUCUACUCCUGGAGUCAGCACGCCUAAAAUCAGAGCGCCACCCAAGGCCAAAUAUGCCGUGACCGCAAUCGAAGCCCGAGGCCUGCAUGUGCCGGAGGCGAUGAAACAGAUCAUAGUCGACGCCACGGGCGCCGAGACCAAGACCGUGACCUCGUUAUCCGGCUUCUCUACGCCGACAAGACAGGGCACGCCCGAUCCUGGCUUGGAAGUUGCCAAAGCAACUGCUCGCAUCAAGCUACAAUUGCAGGCAUUUGCGGAUGCGUGGGACGCAACGAAGGAGCAAGAGGCGCAUCUGGAACUUGAGGAUACACAACUUGGCGCCGCAUUGGCGUUGCAUGACGAAGAGAUCCAACGGUACAACGACAUUAUAUCCGCCUUUGAAAGGGUUUCGGUCGACGAUUCGAACGAGUCACGCGAAUGGGAAGCUUGUAUCGCGCGUCUGCAGGAAAUUCAGGCGCAGUUUACAAAUUAUAUCUCUGAGCUGUCAUUGCCAGAGUUGGCAGUGUCGUGUUUGGAAACGCCUUUCCGGCGGCAAAUGGCAGAUUGGGAGCCUUUGUCGAACCCGCAAAUUCUCAUCGAUUCCUUCCAAUCCGUCGGGCAGCUCCUUGAGCUGGAGAAGACUACCACAUCAAAAUAUCGCAAACGGACGACGCACUUCGAAUCACUUCUCCUUUUGCACUGGUAUCCCUUGAUCCGCAGUGCUUUGGCCCGCGAAUGGGAUGUGUACGACCCGGAUCCAGCGUACAAGCUCAUCACCGCGUGGUCGCCCAUCCUACCAGCCUGGCUCAUCUACAAGCUCCUCCACGAAAUAGUACUGCCCAAACUUAUUGAAGCCGUGAGACGGUUUCCCAAAAUGGCAGAGUCUUCCUCUGCCGGCGCGGAGCGGGGCAUUGUGCGCAAGUCGUCCAAACGGUCUGCUCCGGACCUGCAUACGUGGCUUUUCGACUGGUGGACUCUGCUGUCAUCAGAGGAUCUCGAUCUCGAACGAUUCAGUGAGCUCAAGUCCCUGGUCAAGACCAAGGUCGACAGCAACAGCUGGCCGACAUGGAAACCUCUGCUGGGAUCGCGUCGGCCUAAAGCGCUGCCCUCGACGAGGGAAGUUCCUUCUGCGGCGCCCGCAGAUCUCGCUAGUGCAGACAUGGAAGAAAUUUCCUUCAAGUCGUUCGUGGAGGAUUGGGCCAGCGAAAACAAUUUGCUACUACAUUCGUCACACAAGUCCGAUGCCUUCGGCCGGCUGCUGUACCGCCUGCAAGAUGCCGAAGGGCGCAGCAGAGGCAUUCUUGUAUAUCUGCAGGACGAUGUCGUCUUUGGCGAAGACGGCGAGCCGUUCGCCCUGGAUGAUCGUUUAGUGAAACGAGCAAUGGGGCGGUCGUGAUGAACACCACGCAUAGUCAAACGGAGUCAUCUCAGCCUCAAGAAGAGGUACGUAAGGUAUUGCUUUUUUAGACAGUCGAUCACGACUGUGUGGGUCAGAAUGUAGAUCGUCUCUUGAUGGACGUGUAGCCCAAGCCGAAAUGAAGAGACAAUAUCUACUGUACUAUCAGUGGUAUGAACUACCAAACAGGCUUCCACUUCCCGUUCGCAUUGGUACCCAAGUAGUAUAUGUCAUAUCAACCAUGAUUCUGGC